CGGGGCACCGGCGCGGGGGUGGCGGAGGGAGGCGAGCGGCGCGCGGGGCCACUGCUGCAGAAGGGGAGGAGAAUGGGAGGAGCUGGGGGCCCCGCGGGCCGGGAAGGAGGGGUCUUAAGGGGCGGCGAGCCCAGGUCGGGUUUCCUCGGAGGCCGGCGAUCCGCGGAGCUCGCCCCGUGCGCACUGCCGCCGCCGCCCGCGCCCUCGAGCCGCCCGACACGAUGUGGAGACGCUGGCUCGCGCUCGCGCUGCUGGCGGCCGCCUGGGUCCGCGCCGAGGAAGAAAUAAGGAGCAAAUCCAAGAUUUGUGCCAAUGUGUUCUGUGGAGCUGGCCGGGAAUGUGCAGUCACAGAGAAGGGAGAACCCACUUGCCUCUGCAUCGAGCAAUGCAAACCUCACAAGAGGCCUGUCUGUGGCAGUAAUGGCAAGACCUACCUCAACCACUGUGAAUUGCAUCGAGAUGCCUGCCUUACUGGAUCCAAAAUUCAGGUGGAUUAUGACGGGCACUGCAAAGAAAAGAAGUCUGUAAGUCCAUCUGCCAGUCCAGUCGUUUGCUAUCAGGCCAACCGUGAUGAGCUCCGGCGUCGCAUCAUCCAGUGGCUGGAAGCCGAGAUCAUUCCAGAUGGCUGGUUCUCUAAAGGCAGCAACUACAGUGAAAUCCUAGACAAGUACUUUAAGAACUUUGAUAAUGGUGACUCUCGCCUGGACUCCAGUGAAUUCCUGAAAUUCGUGGAGCAGAAUGAAACUGCCAUCAACAUCACCACCUAUGCAGAUCAGGAGAACAAUAAGCUGCUGCGAGGACUCUGUGUUGAUGCGCUCAUUGAACUCUCUGAUGAAAACGCUGAUUGGAAACUCAGCUUCCAAGAGUUCCUCAAGUGCCUCAAUCCAUCCUUCAGCCCUCCUGAGAAGAAGUGUGCCCUGGAGGAUGAAACAUACACAGAUGGUGCUGAGACUGAGGUGGACUGUAACCGCUGUGUCUGUGCCUGUGGAAACUGGGUCUGCACAGCCCUGACCUGUGAUGGAAAGAAUCAGAAAGGGGCCCAGACCCAAACAGAGGAAGAGAUGACCCAGUAUGUCCAGGAGCUUCAAAAGCACCAGGAAACAGCUGAAAAGACCAAGAGGGUGAGCACCAAAGAAGUCUAAGAGACACGAAGGAAGAGUGUCUGGAGCGCAGCACCUUCUCUUCUACUUCAGCGCCGAGUCCAGUAUACCAAGUGUCUGCUACAAUCACCAAAUCACCAGUAUUUGCUUGUAUAGCAACAAAUUUCAUUUUAUGUGUUUUGCAAUAAAGGAAAUGGGGGUAGCUGGCUAGGAAGAAAGAGGCCAUAGCCUUCAUUUCUAGGAGAGCUUUUUGAGGAACUGUAAGUGGUGUUCUGGGGCUGGAGGCAAGUAAGGAAACUGCAUCUGGUUGGCAGAAGAUAGACCCGGAGCUGAAGCCUCUCUGAGGUCGCAGCAGCUGUGAGCAGCUGCAGGGAGCAAAUGCAAUGCCAGAGAGGACUGGAAAGGCAGUCCCUGGAGGAGGGAAAGAAAGGCUCAGACCCAGAGCUGAAGCCUCUCUGGGGUCACAGACCACAUUCUGCUUCUGACCCUUGAUGUCACUGUUGUCCGUAUAACAGAUGUCCAGUAUUUUGCUUCUCCUCUUGGUCCCAGCUACUCCUCUAGAUAUAUGGCCAUCCGGCCAGUGACCCACAUCCCUCAUCUUGGAUGGAGUUUCUGGGAGAGUGUGCCCAAAUGAUGCAGAUACUUAGAUAUUUUGAGCCCUAUAGAGACCUAACUAAACUUUCAAAAUAUGUUUUACCAAAGGUGCUACUUCUCUGUAAAAUGCUUUUGCUUAUUUGGUAAGUUGACUUCCAUUUUUCAGUUAUUAUCAUUAUGCUGUUGUUUUGUAUUUUAUUUUCUUGAUUAGGUAUUAAGUGUUUAUAAUUACUUUUUCAGUAGUUCUACCAUUUCUGAGGUGGGAGGAGUUUGGAGUUCUUCUUGGUGCAGGGACCUCUGUAAUUCAGACACCCUCAAGCCUCCCACAGGCUAAACUAGAUAAAGCCUGAAGUUGGCCUCUUAGUACCAGCAGGUCAGCAGUGUACCAAGGAGGCAGAGAGGCCUUGGACAGAAGCCAGGGGAAGAGGAAGCUCUUCAUGUAAAACUUCCAAGAUCUCAAGGUUAAUGUGUACUCAUUUAUUCUGAGAAAAUCAGGCAAAUCGCUAUUCCAAAGGAUGGAAGCUUAGCAUAUCCCGGCCUCAGAACAUGAUCAUUGAUCUACCAGUAACAUUAGCAGUGAUUUUGACUUUAUUUCCUCCUAUUUAUGGGCCCAAGUUUCCUCAGUGAGUAGUUAAGAAUGCAUUAAGCUUUUGAUUCGAUAAAUUAUAAACUUUGUGAUUCUGGCAGUUGUCCAGAGGGUGACAGGUUCCUGUGAUUUUCUUCCUUCUCCUUAGGAAAAAUGAAACUUUUAUCUUAACAAGAAAAGUCAUAGAGCUGAUAAACAAGAUAGCCAACUUUGACCUCAGUCUGAAAUGAGCCUUGCAGUUGUGCUGGUAUUUGAGGGCUUCUUGGGAAAGCUGGCCCAAGAGAGGGUUAAAGAACCACCCCGUGCCUGUCUUCAACCAUGCAUAUCAUAUGCAGCUCUUGUUGGAGUCAGAAGACCUUUCCCUUUAGAGUUGAGGCCAGAAGGUUUCCGAUUUAAGAGGAGUAAACAGUAGAGAUUGA